UAACAAAAUCUUGUUUAUUUCCAAAAACGUCAAAAUUGUCGUACGUCAAUGAUCAAAUAAUAAUCUAAAUUUCCGUUCAUUUUACACAAAAUUAUCGUGAAUGAAGUAACAUGAAAAUUCCCGUUAAAGAUAAGAGCCUAGGUCAUGCCACCCGUCGUGUUGCCCGAAUUGUGCUGUCCACCAUCAAGAAAAUAGGCAAUUCCAGAGGGGUCACCUUAAAGAAGAUCCACGAUUAUAUCAAGGAGGAAUACCCGCAUAAUCCAACGAAUAUCAUCAGGUUAAACAACACGUUGGAGAAGGCCCUUGCUUUUGGAGCGGUCAAUAAAAGAUCAGGAAAGUAUGUUUUGGGUGAUAUAAUCAAAGAGCUGGUAGAGUCUAGGACUACGAAAAGAGCCUAUGGAAUUAUACAAGCAAGGAGACGGAGAAGACGGCGCGGCAGAUCUAGGAGACGCAGAGGACAUAGGAGUCGACACUCAUCCAGAAGAAGAUCACUAAGUUGUCGCAGAAAAAACAAAUAAGUCAAAAUGAAACACACUACAUUAUGACGAUGAAGUUGUGGCCGUUUUAACUAAUAAAUAUUCUGUCAUGUUUUAAAUAUAA